AUCACACUAAAGAGAGAUCUGAAGCUAGCUAGCCAUGGCGGAAGGAAGUGAAACAGAACGAGACAGAACCAUGAAGAGGUUCCUUCUCAUAAUUAACUGCGUCAUGUUAGCCUUAGGAACCUGCGGUGGUCCACUCGUUCUCCGUCUCUAUUUCAUCAACGGCGGAAAACGAGUCUGGCUUUCAGCCUUCCUCGAAACCGCAGGCUUUCCCUUCAUGUUGCUUCCCCUCGCCGUCUCAUACUUCAACCGCCGCCGCCGCCAUCGUGCCACCGCCGCCGAAAGCACGAAACUGCGGAUUAUCUCGAUGAAGCCUCCUCUGUUUUUCGCCUCCGCCUUCGUCGGAAUCCUCACCGGCCUCGACGAUUAUUUCUACGCCUACGGCGUCGCUCGGCUUCCCGUUUCGACUUCCGCCUUGAUCAUCGCCACACAACUCGCCUUCACCGCCGUCUUCGCUUUCCUCCUCGUGAAGCAGAAGUUCACGGCUUACUCGGUGAACGCUGUCGUUUUGCUCACCGUUGGAGCGGCGGUUUUGGCUCUUCACACCAGUGGGGAUCGUCCUGCGGGUGAGUCUACAAAACAAUAUGUUAUGGGUUUUGUUUUGACACUUGUUGCUGCUGCAUUGUAUGGGUUUGUUUUGCCCUUCGUGGAGUUAAUGUACAAGAAGACCAAGCAAGCUAUCACAUACUCUCUUGUCAUGGAGAUUCAGUUUGUUAUUGGCUUGUUUGCUACUUUGUUCUGUACGAUCGGCAUGAUCAUAAACAACGACUUUAAGGCAAUUCCAAAAGAAGCGAGAAAUUUUAAGCAUGGGGAAGUUAAUUACUACGCUGUGCUUGUGGGGAGUGCAAUAAUGUGGCAGGGUUUCUUCUUGGGAGCAAUAGGGGUUAUCUUUUGUGCUUCUUCUUUGUUUUCUGGUAUUUUAAUUGCGGUGUUGUUGCCCAUUACCGAAAUCCUCGCCGUUAUUGUUUACAAAGAGAGUUUUAAAGCAGAGAAAGGGGUUUCUCUGUUACUAUCACUUUGGGGCUUUGUGUCUUACUUUUUUGGGGAGAUUAAACAGGCCAAGAAAGCGAAAAGGAACAACAUCCCAGAAACAGAGCUUCCUCCUCAAGCUCCGUAGUAUUAUUUCUAUGAUCCAUGACUGCAAUGCAUGUUUUUCCGUUUUGUGUUUGAAUUUUGUAUCCGUAGGUUAGCUUUUGCCUCAGCUUCACGCAAAUGUCAGUUAGAAGGCCAUUUCCAUCCAACAAAUCCUGCACGCACGCACGCGCGACAGCAUAUUUUAGUGGUCAAAGCAAAAGCGGGCAUAUAGUAUAUAUUCACGACUGUAUUACUAUUGGUUUUCUUUACAUGAAUAAAAGAAUUCGU